CAGAUUUGUGUUUCUUUUUAUUUGGAGGUUCCAGAGGCGGGUUUCAUUUUUUGCUGGGUUAAAGUCGCAGAAUUCGGCUUUAUGACAGAACGCUUGUCACAUGAAAGUCUUGAUUGUUGGAAAGUUAAUUAGUACAAUGAAUGUCGAGAUCAGCCAAUAAUCUCGACAGUAAUCUCAAAUCCCUGCGACAGAAUCCAAUAGGGAUUGGGAAAAAGCGGGACUAAAGGAACGGGAUGCAAGCAGAAAACAGGAGGGAGAUCUGAAAUGUUUCCCUGCACUGCGCGCAUACAGUUUAGUUUAAUUCAGUGAAAACGAAACGUUUCUGCUGCCUCGUGUCUUUUCACUGAACACAAUGAUCACGUUGCAGGUGCGCUGUGAUUGAUGGGCUUGCUCUGUCUCCAGUCUAUCAACAGGCUGCUGUUCAUACACGUUUGGCUGCAAGUCUGUGAUGCAGUUACAGUGCCCCGGCCUCCAGUGACGUCACCUCCAGGCAGUGAUGUCACUCUCAGCUGCUCUUUCUCCUAUAAAGAGGGGGCUGAUCUCAGAGGAUUGGUGGUUACCUGGCAACGCCCUCCUGCCGAUCAUGUGGUCCACAGUUUCUAUUACGGUCGAGACCAGCUGGAUCUGCAGAAUGAAGCCUACAGGAAUCGGACCCAGCUGUUCCCAGAGCAGCUCACUGUGGGGAACGCCUCCCUCAGACUGAAACAGGUGCGGGGGGAGGAUGAGGGCCGGUACACCUGCGCUGUCACCAACCAAGUGGAGAGCACCAGGGGAGACGUGCAGCUCCUAGUGGCAGCCCCUUACAGUGAGCCGCAGUUAGCCAUUUUCCUGUCUAACCCCGGUGGUCAUGUGACCCUGACUGUCAAGGUGACGGACGGCUAUCCCCGGCCCACACUGCUGUGGCUGAAUGCGGCAGGAAGUGACAUCACAAACCAGAGCCACACCUCCCAGUCUGUGGAUAGCAGGGGGCUGUACCAGAUCCGGAGCGAGCUGGAGGCGGUGGUGAAAGAAGCAGAGACCUUCACCUUUGAGCUGGAUCAUCCCGUGAUGGAGCAGAGAGUGAGGCGAGCCGUCACCCUGCACCCAAGCACAGGCGAUCGUAUUGAACAGAGAAGCCGGCUGCCCGUUACAUUCUCACUGCUGCUUGUGUUGCUGCUGGUGAUCGGCGUGUUUCUUUAUGGAGCUGGACCAGCUGUGACAGGCUGAGUGAUCCCUCCCUCUGCUCAGAAACCAGACCGGCUACCCCCUUUAUACUGCAGUGACUGGAUGGAGGGACCAGGGGAGCUCAGCCUGUUAUUAUUAUUAUUUUUUUUUUUUUUUUUUGAAUGUCAGUUUAUUAAAAACAAUGCAGUAAGAUGUGCUCUUGUUCAGUAAGGAGCAGUGCAACACAUCGUGGGCGUGUUUAUAUUAAAAAUGACUUGAUUAACUACACUGUCCUGUUCACGAUCGUCAUCAAAUAUGUUUUGUUGGAAAAUGUCAAACAAAAUAGUCAUUUAUUUUCGUUUGUGUUUUUUGUUCGGGGUCUACUUCAGUCUUACACUCCUAAUGUGCCAGGGUUGUUUUGUUAUUUCUGUUUUUCAUUCAAAUUCAGAUCCAUUUCAUGUUUCUUUUUUAAACAAAUCCCUAUUCCCUUUUAAUCAGUUCUAACACGGCAUUGAUUAACAUUGCAAUGAGCAACAUUCUGUUAAAACAGAGUCUGCUCACAGUGGUGACAAACUGCCUCAGUCCGGAUGGCUGUUGUUCAUUCAGACUGAAAGAAUGCGGUUGUUUCAUGAAGCCAGAUUGUCUUCAGAAGCCUGAAACGUUCAAUGACGUCUGAAACUCGGAGGCAUCCAAACCCUGUCUUCAGAAUGAGUCAAACAGUUUCAACAAGUUGUUAAUUAAAAGUCAUUUCCUUCCAGGUCUCUUGUUCCUCGCUGUAGGAAUUCAACAUGACGCUUUACGGAGCAACACUACCAUCUAGUGGAUUGGCAUGGAAACACCACUUCAUUUUUUUAUUACCACAAGGGUAAGGUAUAAGAGAAGCAGUGAGACCCAUUUUAAAGUCUCCUUCAGUUCGUUGGGUCGGCCCAGUAAGAUCUGAGGUUUGCUGAACUGUAGCAUUGAAACUAAACAGAUACCCAUGUUCUUGUUAAGCUGUAUCUGAAUAAAUGAAGGCAAGCGACACGCACUGUGUUUUCAAUGGCACUGCUUUUAAUAGCCUCUUUUCUCUGUCAUAAUCAGUGAUAUCUUAUUGACGAGGAUGAUUCCUGAAGCACAGAGGAAGAAAUCCUCCACAGUCUGGAUCUGUUCCUGCUUGUGGCAAAGUGGCUGCUGUCCAUUUUCUAAGUGCAAAGAGACCCGACAGGGUGGGCGUUAUUGGGAAAUACCGCACCUUCCAGGAGCUACAAGC